CAUCAUUUUUUUUUAAAUGGUACUCUGAACAAACGGUGACUAUGAAGAUAGCUGUGAAGCAAUUAGUCGCUGAAGGACGCCUGGAAUUUGCUGGAGGAGCGUGGAGCAUGAAUGAUGAAGCUACAGUUCACUACCAAAGUGUCAUAGACCAAUUUAAUUUAGGCUUAAAAUUUUUGAAAGAUACUUUCGGGACUUGCGCUCGUCCUCGAAUUGGUUGGCAGAUAGAUCCCUUCGGGCAUUCCCGAGAAAUGGCUUCUAUAUUUGCACAAAUGGGUUACAACGGUGAGUUUUUUGCUCGCAUGGAUUAUGUUGAAAAGAACACACGUCUGAAAUCCCUGGCCAUGGAAAUGAUUUGGAGAUCUAGCGAAUAUUUUAAAGACUCCGAAAUUUUCACUGGUUUGCUUUAUCAGCACUAUGGAUCUCCUCCCGGGUUCUGCUUUGACAUCCAUUGUCAGGAUGAUCCCAUAAUUGACGGAAAGAGCUACGACAAUAACGUGGACAAACGAGUCGAUGAUUUUAUUGCCUACGUAACGUCAAUGUCAAAGUCGUUCAGAGCUAAUCAUAUAAUGGUUCCAAUGGGUGAUGAUUUCCAAUAUGAAGACGCCGAGGUGAACUUUAAAAAUAUGGACAAACUAAUUAAUUACUGCAAAGUUGGCCAAACAAAACCGAGGAUUUCUUUCCAUAUUCUAGCGACAAUCAUUCUUAUUGGACUGGAUAUUUUACUUCACGUCCAACCCAAAAACGUUUCGAGCGGGAUGGAAAUCAUUUCCUUCAGACGGUUAAACAACUUAGCACACUAG